AUGAUGUGUCCUGAUCCGUUCAGAUCCCAAGAAGCGGUUGGUGGCCGAGGGGUUUCCCAGUGUGUGGGCUGCGUAACGCGGGGCGCGGGGCGGGAUGGGAGCCACGUUGCCCUGAAGAAUCACAGUGCCGAAGAAGCAGGGAGCGGCGGAGCCCACGCGGGCGGACGGGCUCCGGGCUCGGCAGCUCCAGGGGUGCCGGAGGGAGAGCUGCUCCUGCAGGCACUCAAUGGCUUUGUGUUGGUGGUGACAUCAGAAGGAGUGAUAUUUUACUGCUCGCACACGAUUCAGGACUACCUGGGGUUUCAUCAGCCUUUGGGACAGAGCAGCCAGGCUCAGGAAUUCAGGCGCAACCUGCACUGGGCCCUCAGCCCGCCCUGCGCUCCCGAGGGUGAGCCCUGCUCUGAAGGGGAGAAGAGUCUUGGCUCUUCUGCUGUCACCUACAAGCCUGAUCAGCUGCCCCCAGAAAACUCAGCCUUCCUUGAAAGGAGCUUUGUGUGCCGGUUUCGCUGCCUCCUGGAUAACUCAUCCGGCUUCCUGGCUUUCAACCUUCAAGGCAGGCUGAAAUUCCUUCAUGGGCAAAACAAAAGGUCCAAAGACGGGUCUCCACUGCCAUCCCAGCCUGCCCUCUUUGCUAUCUCCACCCCCUUGCAGCCGCCAUCUAUCCUGGAGAUCAGAACCAAGAACACAAUCUUCAGGACGAAGCACAAGCUGGACUUCACCCCCUUGGCAUGUGAUGCCAAGGGGAAGAUUGUUUUGGGCUACACUGAGGCAGAACUGCGGAUGUGUGGCACUGGUUACCAGUUUGUCCACGCUGCUGACAUGCUGUAUUGUGCAGAGAACCAUGUCAGAAUGAUGAAAACAGGCGAGAGCGGCCUGACUGUCUUCCGCCUCCUGACGAAGGACAAGCGCUGGAAGUGGGUGCAGGCCAACGCGCGGCUCGUCUACAAGAACGGCAAACCCGAGUAUAUUAUUGCCACACAGAGACCACUCGUAGAUGAAGAAGGAGGAGAACAUCUCAGGAAACGGUCCGUGCAUCUUCCCUUUACAUUUGCAACGGGAGAGGCACUCUUAUACCAAACUACUCACACUCUCGCAGGCUUCCCUGACUCUUUCCAGAACAAAGAGAAGAAUAACAAGUCCAAGAAGACCUGCCACAGCAGUGGAAGGCACUCCUGGAAGGAUAACAUUGACCCCAAUUCUCUGCUAGGUGCUAUAACACGACAGGAUGAGGCCAUGUACAUCUCCCAGACAGCUCCCACACACAGUCACUGCUCCAGCAGUAGUUUCCAGAACCACCUGGGAGAUAUGUCCUUAUGGGGUGCACACAGAGAGCCCUGGAGUACACUCACUGCCCCACUUUCCUCAGGGGAAAGCAGCCUCAAGCAGGAACUGACAGAUUUGCAGGAGAAGGACCCUCUCUUGGCCACCUUGGACUCACUCUCGAUCAGCAGUGAUGAGAGUUGUUCCAAGAGUGAACUGUCCAAUGCACUGGAGAGUCUUGGUUUCAAUGCCAAAGACUUGGAACUCCUGCUGUUGGAUGAGAAAAUGGUGAUGGUUGAUAUGGAUCUUGAUCACUCCCCGUCCCUCAGCAACUUCCUAACCAACAAUGAGAUUCUCUCCUACAUCCAGGAGUCUCUAAUGAACAAGUAUGAGGCGGGGCAACAGGUCAGGUCUUUGCUGGACACAACCCAGAGCCUGAAUGAAGGCUUUGCUAUGUACCAGGCCCAGGGGGAGGACAAGGACUCUCAGUACCUUUCCCAGCAAAUGCAGCAGUCUGGAGUAGCCCCAGGCCAGUCAGCCGCUCCACCAUGGGAAUGGCCCCUCCACACCACCCUGGGGCAGCUAUCCCCAUUGCUGCUGAAGCCAUCAGAGGAAGAGAAACAGCAGGCUGCUGGCUUGCAGUGGAAGCCAGCUGCAGAAGAGGGCUUGCUCCACUUCUUCCAGCUCACACAGGGCACGCAGUGGGCCAGAGCUCCCGGUUUGGGCCUGCAGAGCUCCCCCAUGGGAGCCCCAUGCCCACAGGAGCCACACAGGGCUCCACGGCUGGAGAGUCAAUUCCCAGCUAUGCUUGUGGCCCAGGUAGAUGCUCUUCAGCCCUCUUCCAGUCACAGUCAGGGCUCGGGGUGUUCGGGAUUGCCAAGCCCACUGAAACACAAGGCCAACCAGCACCUGCUGAUGGACGGGGUGUGUGGCCACAACCCCCCAGCCUCUCCGCACCCCCUCCCUGGCAGCAGCAGCAGCCCGUGGCAGGACUAUGUUUCCCCGCUCCUGGGGUCCCCAGCUCAGCCUGAUUUCUAUAGUGUUCACCGAGACUUGAACCCCCAGUGCCAAGGCUGCUCGAGUCCAGUGCACGGGCCCAGCACGUCAACAACAUACGUGAACCUGAAUGGAUUGCCCAGCAUGGAAACUGUGGACAGCACAGGCUCCCGGGAAGAGGUGGUUCCAUACUCUGUUUUUUUCCCUCCUUCCUCAUACCAGCUUAUUUCCAAGAAGCAGCCAAGCCCUGUUACCUCAGCAUCCCACCACCCUUUCCAGAGCUUGGCUGCAGAGCACUUCGGGAGCGUUGGCAGGCCACUGGAGACUCCCAUGAACUCCUAUGGGACGUACACCUCCUUGCUGAGCCAGGAGAGCGGGCACAAUCCUGAAAACAGCUGUAUUCUGUCCAAUGGUUAUGCGGGACUCUCUGGAGACUUCCUGGUGCCGAGGGGGAGAUCUGCUACUUCCAGCAAGCUGCACUCCUGCACAGAAGUGCUUCCAGAUCACCAUCACACAUCCAACAGUGACUUUUUCCUUUAG